AAUCAUACAAAAAUAUGAGAAGUUUAUUAUUACUAAUAUUAGACAGYAAUUCUUCUAUAUACAUUUAAACACAUUGGGUUAGGAUUGUUUUCUGUAAAUAUGCAAUGUGUUUAAUGUUCUGUCAGUUGUCAUUUCCUGUGUUUUUAACAGCUUUUAACUAAAGAUUUAACUUGACUUUUAUUCAAUGGUUCUUGCUUGUUUGUCCCCUCUGUGGUAUAUUGUGAUGUUACUGUAUGGGCGACCAGAAAUUAAACUCAGAUUUUUAUUGUGCAAGCACCAGCACAGUGUACAGAGGCAGAAAAAGGGUUUUGCAGACAUUGGAGAGCGUAAAGGAAGAGAGAAAAUAACGAYGAACCCAAAAGGAAAUGUGUGCGGAAAAGUCGAGGCUAUAAAUCCUGACUACACUACUUCCUACCCAUGACACUGGUUUCAUCGCUGCUCUCAAGUCAUACCCCACCUCUCCGUCCUCCAGCGCUCCCUCCCUCUCUCAGCUGCUCUGCCUCUCCUCCCCUCCCUUCUCGGGGAUGGUGUAGCUCUCUCUCGCAGUCUGUUGGAGCUGCACACAAGGAUUAGAGGAUUGCUGUGUGUCUGCUCUAAGAGUAGAAGCCAGUGGACAGAAAGCAGAAAAAUCUCUGGUGGUGGGGAAAAAAAAGAAAAGAUAGGUUUGUUUUACUGGAUAGGUGCUCUGGUUCACCUUCACCCAGCCUUUGUAUCUCAUCAAAGCUGAAGGACCACAGAGCCUUCACCUGGGAGAGAGGACAGAUAAUCCAAGGGACUAUUAAAGCCUGGAUCUCCACACGGGGAGCCAUGUGAGCGGCACCCCKCCACCAACUUGACACAAGAGAACUGCCCCAACAGAGACUCUGAGCUGGGGGGAGCGCAGCCAGGAUUUUACCCCUCUCCCUGGAACCUCUACUUUCAGGGCUAASGGACUCCCCAGGCUUGGCGAAACUCAGCGGAGGACACUCAUCUCGGGGUCGGGCUGCGAGUGCCCCUCUGGUCUGGAGACCAGCCAGCAGCACUCCAGCACCAUGGAUUACCUGCUUGGGACUGUAGUGCUGCUGUGUGUUGCAGUGCAGCUGGGCAGAGGAGUAGAGUCCAAGCACAACGUACCAAGACUAAAGCUGUCAUACAAGGAGAUGUUAGAGUCCAGUAACCUUGUCACCUUCAAUGGUUUAGCCAAUAGUUCGAGUUAUGACGCUUUUCUAUUGGAUGAGGAGAGGGGGAGGCUACUGGUCGGAGCAGAGGACCACAUCUUCUCGUUUGACCUCGUCAAUAUCAACAGGGACCACAAACAGAUUGCCUGGCCUGCCACCUUCUCCAAGAAGGAUGAAUGCAAGUGGGCAGGAAAAGAUCUUGGGAAAGAGUGUUCUAACUUCAUCCGGGUCCUCCAGCCCUACAACCAGACCCACCUGUACAUCUGCGGCACAGGAGCCUUCCACCCCAUCUGUGCUUAUCUGGAAAUGGGCAAGAGGGCAGAGGACAAUAUCUUCCGACUGGCCACGCAAUUUGAGAACGGCCGUGGGAAAAGCCCCUACGACCCCAAAAUGCUCUCGGCGUCACUUCUGAUCGAUGGAGAGCUGUAUUCUGGCACAUCUGCUGAUUUCAUGGGGAGGGAUUUUGCCAUUUUCCGAACACUUGGGGAUCAUCACCCAAUCAGAACGGAACAGCACGAUUCAAGAUGGCUGAACGACCCCCGAUUCAUAAGCAUACACUUGAUCCCUGAAAGCGACAACCCUGAAGACGACAAGCUCUUCCUGUUUUUCAAAGAGAAUGCCAUGGAUGGAGAGCACACCGGGAAGGCCACUAUCGCCAGGAUAGGACAACUGUGUAAGAAUGACAUGGGAGGUCACCGGAGCCUGGUGAACAAGUGGACCACUUUCCUGAAAGCCCGGCUCAUCUGUUCCGUUCCUGGCGUCAACGGCAUCGACACACACUUUGACGAACUACAGGACGUGUUUCUUAUGAGCUCUAAAGACCCYAAAAAUCCAGUAAUCUACGCUGUGUUCACCACAUCCAGCAACAUAUUUAAAGGCUCAGCAGUUUGUAUGUAUAACAUGGCAGACAUUAGGAGGGUUUUCCUGGGCCCCUACGCCCACAGAGAUGGGCCCAACUAUCAAUGGGUGCCUUUCCAAGGGAGGGUCCCCUACCCUCGGCCUGGAACUUGCCCCAGCAAGACAUUCGGAGGCUUCGACUCCACCAAAGACCUUCCCGAUGAUGUCAUCACCUUCGCCAGGGGUCACCCUGCCAUGUACAACCCAGUGCACCCGAUUGGGGGGCGCCCCAUCAUGGUUCGAACAGAUGUGGACUACCAGUUCUCCCAGCUGGUGGUGGACAGGGUGGAAGCCGAGGACGGGCAGUAUGAUGUCAUGUUUAUUGGAACAGAUGUGGGAACUGUAUUGAAAGUGGUGACAAUCCCCCGGGAGAGCUGGCACGACUUAGAGGAGGUUGUCCUGGAGGAGAUGACUGUCUUUAGGGAGCCCUCUGCAAUUACUGCUAUGGAGCUGUCAACUAAGCAGCAACAGCUGUACCUCGGCUCAGCUCUGGGCGUAUCGCAGAUGUCUUUACAUCGCUGCGAGGUGUAUGGGAAAGCUUGYGCCGAGUGCUGCCUAGCCAGAGACCCUUACUGCGCUUGGGACGGCGCUGAGUGCUCCAGAUACUUUCCUACUGCCAAGAGGAGAACCAGGCGGCAAGACAUCAGAAACGGGGAUCCUUUGUCUCAGUGCUCAGACCUGCAACAUCAUGACGACGUGGACGGCCUCGGAGGCAGCGUGGAGGACMGGAGUGUGUUUGGCGUGGAGAACAGCAGCAUGUUUCUGGAAUGCAGCCCCAAGUCUCAGAGAGCGCUCAUCUACUGGCAGCUGCAAAGAGCCAACGAUGACCGCAAGCAAGAGAUUAAGAUGGAUGACAGGGUGCUUCGCACAGACCAGGGUCUCCUGAUCCGCAGCCUGAGCCAGUCCGACACCGGAGUCUACCACUGCCAGGCCGUCGAACACGGCUUCAUUCAGCCUCUGCUGCGACUCAACCUCCAGGUUAUCCCCACACACAAACUGGGGGACAUUCUGCCCGGACCUCCUGGUGCGGGCGGCGGCUUAGGCCACUCAGCCAAGCACAGGGUGUGGUACCGAGACUUCCUGUCCCUGCUGGACCACCCGGAGCUGAACAGCGUGGAGGAGUUUUGCGACCGAGUUUGGAAGAAGGAGCGCAAACAGAAGAAAGCAAAGACUCCCAACGGGAACAAUCAGGGCAAACCAGACAGCGCUGGCGUCUUGAACUCCCCGUUGCGGCCCAAAGCUUCGGCCCCCAACRCUCAGAAGCAGCAAGCCAGUCCCCCACACAGCAGGCCGUGGCUUCAGGCCGGAGCUUCUACGGGUGUCGGGCAAACACGGAGCCAGAAUACCCAGAAAGGCCAACCGAAUCUGAGCACGAUAAGCAGCCAGGCCGCCAAGAGCAACCAGAAGAGCCAAAACGGGCAGAAGGGGCAGGGCGGACUAGUUGGCUCGCAGGUCACCGGGGGGUCUCGGGCAGGCAGCCAACACGCAGCCAAGUGGAGACGGCUGCAGGAAAAUAAGAAGGGACGCAACAGGAGGACCCAUGAGCUCCAAAGACCACCGCGCAGUGUUUGAGAGAUGCACACCCAAACUUAACAUACAUAAAGCACAAAGCCAUGCAUCUACUAAAACACGCUCCGAGUUCCAGCUGACCUCCUCAUAGCAGCAAUCCAUCCUGCUCACUUCUUUUAUUAGCUAAAAUAUGUGAACUGCACCCAUGAAACAAGGAAAAAACAAGGACACACAAAGGCACAAACCUGUGAAAAAAGACUGAAAAGGACUGAAACGCAGGAAAACUGUAAACGUGUGAGGAUGUUGUUUUUUUCCACUUCCUGUACAUAAGCUACUAAAAAAAGACCGGGACAAAAAUGUUAUUUGUCAAUAAAAGAGUGGAUUUGAGACGCUGAGAGGACACGUUAGGUGUGCAGACACGUACUGGAACAGAAACAUUCACUGGGACCUACUGCCCGUCCUGGAAACUGGUUCCGAACUCUCRUUCUAAAGCUAGUUUUAGAGAGGAAUAAAAAAAAGAAAAGCAGAGGAGCGGCAGCACCCUUAAAAAGAGAAGGGUUCAUCUCUGUGUGCAUGGCUUGCACCAUGUUAAAAGACAAAAAGAAAAAUAGUUACAUAAAACAUGCAAAUUCAUGCCACUGUGCAGACCUCCAUCAUAACUUCUCCUCUGAGGCUGGAGAAGCACCGUGCAUGUUGUCAGUGUUUUAAUAAGCUAAUUAUUUGUUUUACACCCCACAGAAAAACACUCCUUUUAUCAUUUUUGUUCCUUUCCAAACCUGCUCUGCUAUUUUACGGGUUAAGUUUCAGGUUUUUAAUCAUCCAAAAAUCCCUCCUGCUCCUUUCAAGUAACUUAUUCUUAUUUUGUUUACCAGAAAUUUAUCAAACUGGGACACAAAUCCCAGUUCAAGGCUAUGCUUUAAAAAAAAGCAGUCUGAAACAAAGCUGCCAGUUUUUUGUGUACAUAUAUACAACAAAUUGAAUUCUCUGUGUAUAUACAGUACAAAAACAGUACAAGAGCACUACUUGACUAUUAUUUAUUGCUCAUUGUUUUGUGAAACGGUUGCAUUUAUUUUUGAUAAUUUUGGUAUAUUUCUCUCAUCAGUAUUCUGGAGAAUCGACAGCAGCAGCAACAAAACCACACAAACGGACCAAGGUUGUUUUGUAGAAUCCCUCAUUUUGAGGACGUAAGGGUUGAUUAAAUCGAACGACUUUUUUGUGUUCAUAAACCACGUUUGACAACAGUAAGCACAAAUUUUUUAUUAUUAUUUUUUGUCCCAGAUCCAUCGGACAUGUCUUCAUUUCACCCCGUAGCUGUUAUACGUGUAAGAUAAAUCUCCCAACGUGAAAAACAUUAGCUGUGAAUCUCUGUAAGAAAUAGUGGAGAAACGUUUUAAAUCUAGUCUGAGGAGAAGACACAUUAUACUGCAUGUGAAUGCUACCUACAGUAAGUGCAUCUUUUUCUAUUGUCUUUUUACGUGUUUUUGUGUGCGAGGUUAAAAAUGCCCUUAAUUAAAGCAAGGUGUGAAUUACUUUUUUUUUUGUCCUUACUUUUUUUGUUGUUUUUUGUUGUUUUUUUGCCAAAACGGUGAUAACUAAUAAUCUGGCCAAAACAGAAGUAUUUCCAAGCUCCCUUCAUCUUUGAUUCAAAGAUGGUGCCUAAUGUCCCUCCUCCUCAACACUCGAGUGUCGAUGCAAUAAAUGCUCAUUUGCGAGAGCUGAGAGWUACGGCUGCUGUAACGCAGUUCCUUCUGGCAUGCAUUCAGUUGUCGAAAUAAACAUCUCUGUUACCAAAAGAAAAAAA